UGUUUACAAGGCACUAUUUUCAACGGGAACUUUUUCUCCAAGACACCGGUGAGGAUUUACUCCAACGGGUUUGAUAAUUCUGUCUUUGAAGUAAUCGUUCAGAUACAUCAAAGGACGACAUUGAUAGUGAUUUCUGAAGACAGUUUCGCUAAAUGUCAAUGCAUCGCUUGAACUGCCAGACGAUAGUAUGAAAUCGGAUGUUAACACGAUGGAUUCAAAGUUUCGAUCAGAAGGCAGGCAUUAUUUACAAAAGCGGCGGUUAUCAUCGAAAGCUAUGAAUGGAGGUUUCGAUGAAGCCGAUCUAAACCUUGCCAUCCAGGAAAGUUUAAAAUAUGCUAAAGGUCAGAAAGAACCCGAUGUGAAAAAAGAUUCGGACAACAACCAAAAUACAAUCUGUGGUCGCCCGCCGCUGUCAACCGAAGAUCACAACGCCCUGACGAGAAUGACCGGGAAAUUGUUGAAUGCGGACAGCUCGCAUCCAAAUGAAAAUAAACAGUUGAAGGACCUGUUACUUCUUCACAUUGAAUUAAUUCAGCACCAACAGGAUAUGAUAUCAAAAAGAGACAAAGAGAUCAAAACGCUAAAGUCGGAGAAAAACGCGUUACAAUGUCGCUUGGAGCGAAUGGAGCGUCGGAUGUCAAUACUAAAGCAGAAGGAGGAAUCCCAUGAUACUCACGUGGCGCGGGAAGCCGCUAUCGAGGCUGCGUUGGCCAUCCCCCCAGACAAGGGGGUCAAAAGGAAAGCACAUCAGUCAGCAACAGAGAAAGAUGGUCUUCCUUCCAAGCGUGCAGCACUAGAUAGGGAGUCUCCGCGUAACCAUGGAAACCGAUCUGUGCACAGAACUGUUACGAAGACUCUGACCAAAUCACAGGUGGAGGUGCCCAAAUCCGAUUCCGAGUCGGACAUUGAUGAUGAUUCAGACAAGGAGGAUGUUGUGGAAGGGGAGGAAACUCUGUUAAAGACAGAUUGCACAUAUCAUGUGACAUGUUGUGAAGCAAGGUCACGGACUAUUGACAAUAUAUCGUAUCCAAAUUUGUGUCGGAGUGCACGAUCACAGACCUUAGUUGAAACACCCACAUGGAGGUUCAACAAAAUAACAAACUUGUACCAACUUGAAGGAACAGAGAACCUAGAAGAUGAGGUGUUUAUAAAACGGCAUCAAAAGCCUGAGCUGGAAGAAAGGAGAAGAAAACGAUGGGACUUGCAGCAACCGGAACAGCGGAAUCUGCUGCGCCUGAAGGAAAAGGAGCAGCGAAUUGUCCACAAUACCAAAGAAGAUGAUGAGAGUCACGUGGAGUCCUUCAUCCCAUGUCUGGAUGAUAUAACUCAUAUCGAGGUGGGAGAGAAGCUCACAGUGACAGCUUUCGGACAACCUAUCCCCCAUAUGAAGCCGUUAGAAUUUGAACUUCCCUGGGAGACCAACCGACAGUGUACGUUGGCAUCUAGGAAAUCUAGUGUGUAUCGACCCCGGAGAAGAUGAUAGUUUCACAUAGUACUAACCUCAGUAACUAGCCCGGUCUAAUGUGACUAGCCUGGUCUUGUGGGACUAGUCAAGUGUGAUUAGCCUGGUUCUGUGCGACUUAGUAGGACUAGCCUGGUCUAAUGGGACUAGCAUUGUCCAGCGUGACUAGCCUGGUCUUGUGCAACUUGUCACUUCUGUAAGUGACUGCAUAUGAUUAGCCUUGUCUUCUGGGACUCUCUUGGUCUCAUGGGACUAGCCUGGUCUAAUGACACUAGCAUCGUCUAAUGGGACUAGUCUGGUCUUGUGUGACUUGUUCAGUCUCGAACAAUCUCUUGCUAUGUCAGCAGUGACACUCUUUCUGUGACAGUUUAUUAUUGUCUUGUGUUAUGUCCACUUGAUGAAUGUGGACUCAGUGUCCAACUGUCCACUCACAAGGCAUUUAUAGCUCACUUACAUCUUGCAAGUGUCAAAAUUGUCAUUUCUAAAAUAAGACCGUAGUCAGUUUGAUAUUUGAUUGCCAACAGAACUGUCAUAGUGUCAAAAUUGCAAGUCCCAAAAAGAUUUUUAUCUACCACAGUCUCUCAUGUGGAACUGGUUCGUGUGUGGAUGAGGUUGUAUGAGCAGACCAUUGUCAAUGUUACCAUGUGCGUGUCGUGUGGUUAGAUUGUGAGCAUUUGUGUAACCUUAGCAGUACAGUAUGAGUUGGGUAUUGGGAAUGGAAGUGCAACAUUAUAUCUACUGAUACUGGAAUGUCCCCGUAGGCUUGCUGUGGGCAGUAAAUAUCAGAGAACAAGUAUUUAUCAUCAGUCAUGUAUAACGAUAGCUGAUGAUCUGAGUGCAGCAGACGAAGACAUGUUGGAUCUUCUCAGGCUGCUUAUAAAAGGUUAAGUUGGUAAGUGCCCUGGGUUUUUUUUGUUUUUUGGGGGGAGUGUCACUCUGAUUUGCCUUUUGUCCAAGUGAAAGUGUGAUUACGACAUUUUGAUGGGGGUCUGUUUUGUUUGUUUCAUGCAUCUCACAGGGACUUUUGACUGUGUAGGGGCGGUGGGGUAGCCUAGUGGUUAAAGCGUUGGCUCGUCAUGCCGAAGACCCGGGUUCGAAUCCCCACAUGGGUACAAUGUGUGAAGCCCAUUUCUGGUGUCCCUCGCCGUGAUGUUGCUGGAAUAUUGCUAAAAGCGGCGUAAAACCAAACUCAGCCAGUCAGUUUUGACUAUGUAUGAAUAUAGGGCUGGUCUGUUGUGUUGGAUGAUGAACUCAGUUGUGGAAACAUAUCCUUGUCACACAGUUGAUUGAAAUUAUAUACUUUAACAGUUGUGUGAUUAGGUUUUAGGAAAAGGCCGUGUUCAGGUCCCCAUGGCAUAAAGUGUUUGUAGUGUUCAGGUUACCAUGUGAACUUACAUUACGACAAUCAAAUGCUGCGGUUGCUUUGUACCAAGGAGCCUGUGUCAACGUGCAACACUGAAGUUAGAGUGAACAGAUCUAUUCUAAUAAAACAUAAACUUCAGGUUUUUUGUCUGAAUGCAGAAAGUCAAUAUGUGAAUGUCGCUAUGUAAAGGAGCAUGUGUGAAUAGGACUGGCUGUCAGCUGGAGUCCAAGGUCAUCUGCGAUCGUGGUUAAUGGCCUGUGAGCACAGUGCUGGGCUUCUCAACAAAGAGCCAAACAUCCGAGACCGGUGUUUAUCUUCUGAAACUGGCUUUCUCUGGAGAUAUUGCUUUAAUGGGGUCAAUAGAACGGCAUCACUUUGCCGACCAUUGUGAUGUCAUUGGUUACCAUGACCACACUGAUAUCUUGGUAGCUGCAACUGGGUCUAUGUACUCAACACAUUGGUUAUUACUGUUAAAAUACUCAGAUAGUCGGAAAAUUGAUUAUUGAUGAUAGUCUGAACAUCAAUAUAAGUUUUGUUCUUAAAGUUCUUUCGACUUGUGCUGAUAUAUAUAUAUAAAACACUGGGUUGAAAUUUUCUAUCUCUUUUGACUUUUCUUCACAUUUAGUUACAUGCAGUGCUUCAGCUGAAAUUCUCUUCAGAGAGCUGUGUUCAAUCCACACCAUGCAGUAAGACCGAGAACCAAGAUGUUUUAGCUAAAGCAUUUAUCAGUCUUUUGUUACAAAUGAGAGAAAUCGUCCAGAUCUACCGUUACUUUGAUAUUAUUGUACUAACUGGGGACAUGAGGGGAGAUGUAAGGGAACGUCAUCUCUUCUCCUCCUGGUUGUAUGUUGUUCAUGCAGCUUCCUCCAAACCCACUGAGCCGAUUAUUGUUUGUACUGCUACAUGUAGUGUAGGACAUCAUCGCGGCACCCGUGUCGCUCACGUCAUAGUCAUCAUUCCUCUUCUGCUUUUAUUUCCAUCUAUCAUUCAAUAUUACUGUUCCAUAGCAUAGUGUUUUUAUUAGAUGUUCUAGCUCGGUCUUGUAUGAUUAUUUCUUGUGCUACUUGGCAGGAGUUUAGAGACAAAAGGUGUUUGUCGGUGUUACUAUCUGUGGUAUUGGAUAAUCUUGUAAAAAUGUACAACACGUCCAUGUACAGUGGAAUGUGGGUCUGAGGGGCAUAACUCAAUGUCAGAGUUGUCUCCCUUCAUGUAACUGAAACUGCUGUAAGAUGUCAGUAAGUUGUUUGGUGUUACGAUUUUGUGUGGUAAUGUCUGUUCUAAUACCGAUAAUGAAUAUAAGAAAUGAAUUGGAUUUAUGAUAAUUCUGUUUACUUUGAACUGAUCACAACAUGUCAGUCAGACAUGAAACUCUACCAGGGCAAGUUAAGAGGGGAAAAUACUUUUGUUUUUAGAACCCAAAUCAGGUUAUUCAACAACACUUAUCUCCUCUCAAAACUCAAGUUUCUCAAGCAAUAUUUGGAUUUAGCAGUAAUUUAGUUACCAUAGUUACUUUACGUUGUAAUGGUUUAGACUGUAAUGGUUGUCUGGUUGUGAAACAAACCUUUAUGCUGCAUUUGCUAAUGAAAAAUAUGUUUUGGGGAAAUAAGUCCAAGCAGUUAAAGGCCAUUAUCUUAACAAUACUAAGAUGGGGACUUGGAACCCAGAUCCUGAAUGACGUAAAUGACUGGAAAGAUUAAACCUGAAAUUUCGACUGUUUAAGGAAGGUGUACAUAGAUAAUCACACGGCUCCUUCCUGGUCCUGUAUUUCAAACUGAUCUUACAGCUGUCCAGAUGGCUGUACUUUCAAAUUCUCUUUUUGACAGUCUUGACGUUAACAUCUUUGUAGUUGACCAGACUGAAGCACUGAUUAGUGAAGCUUAGAUAUUGCUUAACGAACAUAGAGAAAUGACUGUGCCUUGUGUGAGCCUGACUGGUGUAAGAGUGAACUGGGGGACAGAUGUUUGUAUUGUUAAACUCUCUUCAGCAUCAUUAAGUGCUUCUGUCAAACCACCUUCCCGAAGAAGCUGGGAAGAUUUCUCUAUCCGUAUCUGAGUUCUUUAAGUUCUGUGUAGAUAUGAAUAUUUGACAUUGGUGAUUAUGUGGUUUCUUUUUUAAAUGUGUCAUCUCUGAACAUGUACAAGAAUUUCCAUGUUGACGUAAGUGGCAUAAAAGAAUCAAGUUUCCAUUGAAUUCUCACCCCAAAAUCGCGUGACACAACACAUUUGCAUCUCUUUUGUGUAAAUAUUAUAAAUUUUACUAAUACUUCUUAUUAUUUCGGGUCAUUUCUAAAAAGUCAUUCAACCUGUGCUAAAUCAUUGUAAAGGCAAAAUAGUUAACCCAUAAUUUGUGUUUCAGGUAAAAUAUGGCUUAGCAAGUGUGGGUCAGAAGUGAUUUGGAAAAGAAACUCAUUCUUUAAACUUGUUACCACAGAUAGUUUGUUUAGAACUGAUUUCAUUUGCAAUGAAUGUUGAAUUUGUAGACACGAAUUGCUGCAGCAAAAACAGAACGGUAUAAUGUGGAAACAUUUUCUUUCACCUGGAAGUGAAAUAUGUGUAGUUAGUGAUUAAAACCUUUUAGUCGCAAGUUAAACUAACAGUCUGCCAUGUUACCUGAAACACAGGUAUUUUCUUUUGCCUUCUCACUAUCAUGAGUUGUCAUUGGUGUAAAAUUGUCAGCUCACUCCAUUCUAUAUACAUCACAACCCACUGUUGAUUGUACAUACAUUAAUCAUGUUUACGCUGCUGUGAAAUAAAGUAGUUUAAUGUUU